AUGCCGCAUUUUGUUUUGUUUCUUUUGGAGCACAGUUUGGCAUUUCGUGGGCAUGAUGAACGUGAUGAGUCUUAUAGUAGGGGUAAUUUCAUUGAGCUAUUGAAAUGGUUAGGAGAAAAAGUUAAGGAAGUAGAUGAGUCAAGUGAUAUGUCUCAAAAAGAGCAACUAGCUCUUGUUUUGCGCUUUGUUAAUAGAGAUAAUGGAAAGGUAAUGGAGAGAUUUUUAGGCAUUGUUCAUGUUGGUGAUACUACCGCGUUAUCUCUUAAAGAUACAAUUAUGUCACUACUUGUGGAAUAUUCAUUAAUUCCAUCUAUGAUAAGAGGGCAAGGUUAUGAUGAGACUAGUAAUAUGAAGGGUGAAAUAAAUGGCCUUAAGACUUUGAUUAUGAAUGAUACUCCAAGAGCCUACUACAUACAUUGUUUUGCUCAUCAACUUCAACUCACACUAGUUGUCGUUGCUAAAAGAAAUGAUAGUUGUGGUUUGAUUUUUGAAAUACUUGCAAACUUGUUGAAUGUUGUUGGAGUUUAUUGCAAGAGAAGAGAAAUGAUUCGUAAUAGUCAAGCUCAAGAACUUGCUCAAGCAAUAGAAGUGGGGGAAAUUUUGUGUGGAUCGGGUUUGAAUCAAGAACUUGGUUUGAAGAGACCCGGAGAUACUCGUUGGGGAUCUCAUUACAAGUGUCUUGUAAAUAUCAUCCGCUUAUUUUAUACAAUUUUGAAGGAGCAAGAUAUUGUAAAUGCCAUGGAACUAGUUACUUUUACAAAAAGUGUAUUGCAAAAAAUGAGGGAACAAGGGUGGGAGACUUUCUUAAACAAGGUUACUUCAUUUUGCACUAACCAAGACAGUGAUGUUCUUACUAUGGAUUCUCUUUAUGUUUCUCAAGGAAGAUCACGACGUACCAAGAAGGAUAAGACAUAUCCUUUUGUAUAUUUGCUUAUCAAGUUGAUGUUGAUUCUUCCCGUUGCUACGGCAAGUGUUGAAAGAGUGUUCUCCGCAAUGACAUAUGUCAAAAGUAAGUUACGAAAUAGCAUGGGUGAUCAAUUUAUGAAUGAUUGUUUGGUCACUUUCAUUGAGAAGGAAAUGUUCCUACAAGUUCCCGAUGAAGAAAUCAUUGAUCGUUUUCAAAAUAAGAAGACUCGAAUGAUGAAAUUAUAA